GGUCUGAUCUGCGAAUGCCGCGUGCACAUCGGCCAAUCGGGCGGCAAAGCGAAAGGGGACCAGACCUCUGGAGAUGCCCGCCUGGCCGCCCUGGCCAUGGUGCAGCAGGCUCGUUCGAGCAAGCCCGGGGCUGAAGCCGCGGAGAACAUUCUGAGAGAAGCUUGGGCCAAAGUAGACCCCGAGCCGCGGGGGUACCCCCGUCAGGUGGACUUGGUGGUGGUGGCGGCCAUCGGGUGGGCGGCGGCCACAUCGGGGUGUGUCGCACUGGCGAGGGAGUGCUCGCGCAGGGCGGAGCUUUCUCAG